UUUAGAGACAUAUUUUAAACACAUCUAUAAAAAAAAAGAUGUUUUAUUGAAAUGUGCUUAUAGAGACAGUAUCAGCAAAGCAAUAUUUGACUGAUACCCACCAAAGUGUAGCAUUGUAGUGUUGCCUUAUUCAGAGUCUAGGGGGUCUGGUUGAAUGCGUUGGAAGCUUGGCGCUUGAGUCACACAAGCAUUUUACUGGUUGAGGAUAUCCUGUAACGACUCAAGUAUCUUACUGUUUGGAGGAGGUGGAAUAGAUGGAAGUCUCCAACAGAAACUGUGAUCAGUUGUCUUCACACAACAUCUACUAGGAGUGCUUACUACUGAAUUAUUAUUUUCUAGGUGAUUUUGGCACACCGCAACUGCAAGGCUUCAGAGGACUUUUGUUUUACUCAAGUGGAUGAGGCAUUUGUACUGAUUGUCACAUCUUUUGGAGUAUGGUUUUGGAUUAUGCACUUUUGGAUUUAAACUUUUUGGACGUGAAUAAUGUGUAAACCAACAAUCAAAAUGCUGAAAUGUAAAGUUUUUUGUUUAACCCUUUGUGUGGCGUCAGGGAUUCUCUUGUGUGUAACCGCCGCCGAGGACCAGAAAUGUAGCAUAAACGUGGCUGAGGCCAACGGCAGUAUGGAAUCUAUAACAUUAAGACUGACUACGGCGGGACAGGAGUGUAACUUCACUGUGUUAUCUGUGGAUAGUAGCUCUGGAGUAACACACUGUGUGAAAGAGGUGGAGGAAGACGGUAUGUUUCAAUGCCAGGUAGUGAGUUUGGAACCGGGAACAUCAUACAUCCUGGAAAUAAUGUCAAUGACUGAUGAAGAACGGGCCAAUGUCACCCUGCAGACCAGUCCAUCGACGGUCAGUGGCCUACAGGUGUCUAAGGCCUCAGACAGCCUGGGAGUUUCCUGGCAGCCUGGCCCAGGGAGGACUGAGCGCUUUCAGGCUACUGCUGUUCGACCGAGUGGGUGUGGUGAGAACCUGACUCUGGAGAGCACCGCUACAGACUACACUGUCACCGACCUGGUCCCGGGGCAUGUGUAUAACAUCACCAUGGUGACGGAGGCAGGGGGACGCCAGAGUACCACCUCAACACAAAUACAGACAGUGCCCUCUGCCGUCGCCAACCUGAAGCUAGAGAACAAUAACAUCCAGGACAGUUUGAGGGCAUCAUGGAGUCAACCCCAGGGUGAUGUGGACUCUAUAGUUGUGACCCUGUCCUCGUCUGGAACCACCCCUCUGGAGGAGACCGUGUCAUCUGACACCACAAAGGCCCUCUUCCACCAGCUGACACCCGGACGGACCUAUCAGGUGUCUGUCACCACCAAGAGUGGAGAGCUCUCCAGCCAAUCAACUGCCUCGGCUAACACAGUCCCAGAUAAAGUGUCCCAGCUCUCUAUGGUGGCGCUGGAUGACUCCAACUCUCUGAAGGUGACGUGGGCUCCCCCUGGUGGAGACUGGGAGAAGUACACGGUGCUGCUGUUGAAUGGGACCCAGACUCUGGAUAACAGGACCGUGGAGAAGGGGGUGGUGGAGUACACCUUCUCUGGCCUGGGACUGGUCCCUGGGAGGACCUACAGGGCUGGGGUCAGAGUGGAGAGUGCCGGGGAGCACGGCACCGUGGAGUACUGCCACAGAGGACUAGGUGAGCUACACAACAACAGAAUGGAGCAGGAGAAAGAUACGGUCCUCCUAAGCCCCGUCUCAGAGCUCCAUAUCCGCCAUGCUGACGAGACCUCCCUCAGCGCCCUGUGGAGUCACGCCCCCAACUCAGCCAGGGACGGCUACACCGUGGAGCUUCGCCAUGCCAACGCCACGGUUGCCACGAGAGACCUGACCCGCGACAUGAGGGAGUGCACCUUCAACGUGCUCACGCCCGGACGCCUGUUCACCAUCACCGUGACAACCAAGAGCGGGGAGCUCAACAGCUCUGUCUCGGUGCUAGGGAGGACAGUCCCCAUGGAGGUGAGCCGUGUCCACCUGAGCAGCCGAGGCCACGUGGACAGCUUACAGGCAAGCUGGGAACUCCCCCCUGGAGACCUGGACUACUGCAGCCUGGAGCUCCUCCACAACAACCAGGCAGUGCAGAACCACACCGUCCCAGCCAACACCACCUCUCUGCAGCUCAGAGACCUCAGGCCUGGUGCCUCCUACAGGCUGGUGGUCAGUACUGUCAGUGGCGGGAUGGUGUCGAAACAGGCCGUGGCUGAGGGACGCACUGUGCCAGCUGGGGUCGGAGAGGUGACGGUCAGUAACAACGGCCGUCCGGACUUCCUGGGGGUGUCGUGGCAGCCGGCGGUCGGAGAUGUGGACAGUUACCUGGUCCUGCUGAAGGACCGCGAAAGGACUGUACACACCCUGGUGGUGUCCAAGGCCAGCCCAGAGUGUGUGUUCAACUCCCUCAAGUCAGGGAGGCUGUACACCAUCUCCAUAGCAACCCGCAGCGGCAGCUUCGAGAACAACACGGUGGUGACGGCUCGUACACAACCCUCCAGUGUCCAGAACCCCAACGCCAUCCACUCUGCCAGGGACGACUUCCUGAAAGUCUACUGGCGUCAUGCGGCCGGAGACUUGGACCGUUACGAGGUGGUCAUCAAGUACAACAACACGGUCCUCCAGAACCAGACCGUGGCGCGGUCGCAGAACGACUGUGUGUUCAGCUCCCUGGUCCCUGGGAGGCUCUAUACGGUCACUGUCAGCACCUGGAGCGGAGAGUACCAGUCCAGUGUGUCUACUGACGGGAGGACGUUCCCCUCUGCGGUCCGGAGCCUGGGCCUGGGUGACAGUGGUACAGGUGAUCUGGUGGUCACCUGGUCUCCAGCACUGGGGGACGUUGACCACUACGAGGUCCAGGUCCUCUUCAACGACACGCGGGUUUACCCGCCAGUAACCCUGGGCAACGAGGCCCGCGACCACCGCCUGACCUCGCUCACCCCGGGACGCCUGUACAAGAUCGUGGUGUCCACCUUCAGCGGACCUUACCAGAGACCGCAGUUCAUCGAGGGCAGGACAGUCCCCAGCCAGGUGAGGAACCUCCAUGCCCGGCCAGGGGACCAGGCUGCCAGCCUGAGGGUGUCCUGGACCCCUGGUGAUGGGGACGUGGACAUGUACACCGUGUCCCUAUCCCAGGGAGGACACCUUCUGGAGACCAGACCUGUCCCCAAACACGUCACUGAGCUGGACUUUCAGGGUCUGGUACCAGGACAGCUGUAUGGGGUCGAGGUUCAGUCCCUGAGUGGAACACUGGUCAACAAUUCAACGACUACUGGACGAACAGUCCCCUCCACAGUGACAGCACUCCAGGCAGACAGUGACCACACCACCCACAGUCUAACAGUGACCUGGGAGAACCCAGGAGGAGUGUACGAGGGUUACAAGAUCCAGCUCCUGGAUGAUGGAGGUGUCUUGGUCUCUAAUACAUCCUUGCCCCAGGGCUCCACCAGCCACCUCUUUGACCAGCUCACCCCAGGGAAGUGGUACCGAGUUCGAGUCGAAACCAUCAGCGGAGGGGUCUACGGCAAGGAGGCCGUGGCUGAGGGACAAACACGUCCAGCUGCAGUCAACGGUCUGACCGUGAUGACCACCAACACCAGUGGUCUGAGUUUCGUCUGGCGCCUGUCCGAGGGCUACGUGGACGGUUACGACCUGUUCCUGUAUAACGUUGACGAGACGUUGCGUGGCCGUCAGACCGUGGAGGCCGGGACCCAGGCGUGCUCCUUCUCUGGUCUGGUCCCAGGGACGCUGUACAAGAUGGAGGUGGUGAGCAGGAGUAGAGGCCUGAGCAGUGAUUCAUCUAUACUGGCACGGACAGUCCCAGCCCCAGUGCGCUCCCUCCACGUCCAGGGUGGUGAGCGUACUGACCGUCUCUCCGUCAGCUGGCUGCCUGGGGCAGGGGAGUGGAGCAGGUACCAAGUGGUCCUCUACAGCGGCCUGGAGGGCUCAACCACCGCUCUGGCAGCCCAGGAGCUGGGCAUGGAGCAGAGAGAACACCUGUUCCAGGGACUGGUGCCUGGCCGUCUGUACCGGGCUGAGGUGGUCACACACAGCGGAGAGCUGACUAAUGCUGCGUGUGCCAAGGGAAGGACUGCCCCAGAGCCUCCCUCCAUGGUGUCUUUCAGAGACGUCGGUGGUAACAGCUCUGUAGAACUGACCUGGGAUGGUCCCACCUCUGGUGACUACGACACCUUCGACCUCCAAUGGGCGCCCAGAGAUUCCCUGUCAAUCACAGCGCUUCAGCCAACCAGCCGCAUCCUGGAUGGGAUGUUCCCGGGACGACUGUACAACUUCACCAUCCGCACUGUCAGCGGGGGAGGAGCCAAGGGCGGGCCUAUCGCCAACAGCCUGCCAAUCCAGAGGAGCCUCAGAACAA